GGAGGAGGAGAUCCGACGCUUGUGGAUAGCUUUUCAGCGCCGGAGAGGCGAGGGAGGUGGAGAAGCGGCCGGGAGUCGCAGCCGCUCACCUGCAGAGAAGGGCGAAGAGGAGUAACCCGCAGAGCCCUAACCGCCCCAUAGCCUCCCCCUGAUCCCAGGGCUCUGAGGACUCCACCAGAGGCGCCGGGACUAGGCUCUACAGUCCUUGCUCUCAGCAGGAGUCAGUUUCCCCCUCCCCCCUCCUACCCUUAACCCCCUCCCCUCCGCGCGCCCCCUUGGCUCCAGGAGUAGCGGAGGGGUUUAGCUCCUACUUGCUUUGACAGAGACUGCAGUCCCAGCUAAAGGGUGGCGAGCAAGCGAUCCCGAGAGCGAGAGAAUUAAGGCUGGAGAGAAACUUGAAUGAAAUGGACUUCGAAAUGCAAAGGCAAAUAGAAAGAGAGGAGGAACAAUAAGCUCGAAGGACACGCAUCUUCUCCAGGUUACUGAUCCUUUGCUACCAAGAUACAUGCCCAUCUGCAUCGAUCUCCGUGCCAGGAAGUGGAAAUUACAUUAUCCCUUGCCUCUCCUUGAAGCUUCACAUCGUGGGAAAACGCGAACUCGGAGCCUUUCAGGCCAAGUCCGACACUCCCCGCCGAAAAGUCAACGACUCUAAUAGCCACUUCGGUCCGGAAGACCCAGAAGAUUGCUUCGAGGCCGACCUGCCUCUCCUCGGCACUUCUGGCCAUCCCCCACCCCCUCACCCCUCGCCCCAACUUCCACUGGCAGACACAACAGAAGGCAGGCACUUGGGGUGGGGAAGCAAGAGCGAGCGCCUCACUUAGCAGAGGCGCGGAAGCGAUCCGGGAAGGGAGCCUUUACCCUCGCACCCCUCCCAGCCCCUGCCGUUUUCCCUCCCGGACUUCUGGAGCUCGGCUCUCCUUUCUGGAGAGGGAGGCCCAGCCAAGGGGUCCGGGCCGGCCCUGAGUGAGGCUUGUCUCCAUCCCAUUCUGCCCUUGCACGGCAGCCACAAGUCUCCUUCCUCUUUUUUCUCCCUCCCACCCUCCCCAGCCCCUUUUUUGUGUGCUUUUGUUGGGUCGUCGCUGCCGCGCUCGCUCCCCCGGAGGAGAGGGGAUUAAAGCCCAGCCGGAAUGCCCCAGCUCUCGGGGGGAGGCGGCGGUGGAGGCGGCGGGGGGGACCCGGAGCUCUGCGCCACAGACGAGAUGAUCCCCUUCAAAGACGAGGGCGAUCCACAAAAGGAAAAAAUCUUCGCGGAGAUUAGUCACCCCGAGGAGGAAGGGGACUUGGCCGACAUCAAGUCCUCCCUGGUCAAUGAAUCCGAGAUCAUCCCAGCCAGCAACGGGCACGAGGUGGUCAGACAAGCACAAACUUCUCAGGAGUCAUACCAUGACAAGGGCAGAGAUCAUCCUGAUGAAGCAGGAAAACAUCCAGAUGGAGGAUUAUACAACAAGGGCCCAUCUUACUCCAGUUAUUCUGGGUAUAUAAUGAUGCCAAAUAUGAAUAAUGACCCUUACAUGUCAAAUGGAUCUCUCUCUCCACCUAUCCCUAGAACAUCCAAUAAAGUGCCCGUGGUGCAGCCAUCCCACGCAGUCCACCCUCUCACCCCACUCAUCACUUACAGCGACGAGCACUUUUCACCAGGAUCGCAUCCUUCCCACAUCCCAUCAGACGUCAACUCCAAACAAGGCAUGUCCAGACAUCCUCCAGCUCCUGACAUCCCUACCUUUUAUCCCCUGUCUCCAAGUGGUGUAGGACAGAUCACCCCACCUCUUGGCUGGCAAGGUCAGCCUGUUUAUCCCAUCACGGGUGGAUUCAGGCAGCCCUACCCAUCCUCACUCUCAGUCGACACUUCCAUGUCCAGGUUUUCACAUCAUAUGAUCCCUGGCCCUCCAGGUCCUCACACAACUGGAAUCCCUCAUCCAGCUAUUGUAACACCUCAGGUCAAACAGGAACACCCUCAUACUGACAAUGAGCUAAUGCACGUGAAGCCUCAGCAUGAACAGAGAAAGGAGCAGGAGCCGAAAAGACCUCACAUUAAGAAACCUCUGAAUGCUUUUAUGUUAUACAUGAAAGAGAUGAGAGCGAAUGUUGUAGCUGAGUGUACUCUGAAAGAGAGUGCAGCUAUCAACCAGAUUCUAGGCAGAAGGUGGCACGCCCUCUCCCGUGAAGAACAGGCUAAAUAUUAUGAAUUAGCUCGGAAGGAAAGGCAGUUACACAUGCAGCUCUAUCCAGGCUGGUCUGCGAGAGACAAUUAUGGUAAGAAAAAGAAGAGGAAGAGAGAAAAACUACAGGAAUCCACAUCAGGUACAGGUCCAAGAAUGACAGCUGCCUACAUCUGAAGCAUGUUCUUUCUCUGGAUGUGGAUAGCAUUCUUUCUCAAAAGUCCCUCUGGAUUAUCCUGGAUCAUUGCAUUGCUACUAGUAGAAAAGUCUGUUACAUUUGAUUAUGCCACAGUGUAUCAGUUUAUGUGUAUAAUGUUCUCCUGGUUCUGCUCCUUUUGCUCUGCAUCAGUUCUUGGAGGUCUUUCCGGUUCACUUAGAAAUCCUCCAGUUCAGUCCUUUGAACACAAUAAUAUUCCAUCACCAUCAGAUACCAAAAUUUGUUCAGUCAUUCCCCAACCUCCUCUUUUUCCAAUAUUUUGCCCCACAAAGAAUGUGGCUAUAAAUAUUUUUGUACAAAUCUUUUUACUUAUGAUCUCUUUGGGGUACAAACUCAGCAGUGCUAUGGCUGGAUCAAAGGGCAGACAGUCUUUUAGCGCCCUUUAGGCAUAGUUCCAAAUUGCCCUCCAGAAUGGUUGGGUCAAUUCACAGCUCCAUCAGCAAUGCAUUAAUGUCCCUACUUUGCUGCAUCUCCUCCAACAUUUAUCACUUUCCUUUGCUGCCAUUGGAAUUCACUUUUUAAUGAGAUUCACACAGUUAUUACCAAAGUAAACUCUUGACCAGAAUAAUGUCAAUGACUAUUUUCAUCUUUAAUCACUCAUAUUUUUUGCAUAUUCCCACUUCUUUUGAAAGGAAGGGGUUGGAAGGAUGUGAGCUCUAAUGGUCACAAUUGAAAUUUUCCAGGUAUCUCUAAUUCCAUCAAAAGUUCACUUAAGCUGUGAUUAGUAUGAAUGGUAAAUCCCCUACAGAGUGUUCAUAUUAUUCCAAUUUGCAGUGCACAUUUCCACUGGACUAGAAUCAAUUGCCAUAUUUUAUAUAAUUAUAACUUUCAAUGGUACAAAUUCAAAUUAAGCAAACACUUUAGGGAAUUUGUUAUUCGCUCAAAUCAAGGCAGCUAUAGGAACUGUAGGGGUCUUGACUUUUGUAAGAAGAGACUCAAAACUCAUGGAUGAUCAGCCAGACUUCUGAUAUUUUGGGUUUCUCCACAAAUAAAAAUUGCCCCUUCUUCCCACCAAAAGCAUGGAUAUUUUCCUUCCUGAGGUCAGCUUUUGGGUACUCUUAUCAUUUGGAAUGCCCAUCCAUAAACACUAUAAUAAAAAAAAUGGCAAGCCUUGGUACAUAGCUCCAUUAAAUCAUAUGUUAUCUGAUUACACAGCCUGGUUUUUAGAAGCAUGUGACUGAGCAAAGUGGACACAGCCUAACAUGCCAAACACAUAAACUUAAGGUCCAGAUGUUGUUAAUAUCUCUGAAUAAAAUAUGAUGACGUGUGUAACCCCAAUGACUCCUGUUCUCUUCAUGUAAGGAUAAGACUGUUCAGAUUGUCAUGAUGGGUGAAGAAGCUUCAUGGUUUGAGGGAGAGCAAAGUGAAAGUUGGUGUGACCAGAUUGUAGACAAUAAUGGCAAUUAAGAUCGGAAAGAUAGGUUUGGGCCAGGUUGUGUAGAGUUUUAGAAGCUAAACAGGCAUUUGCUUAGUCCUUGAGGCAAUAGGAAAUCCAAUGGAAUUGUUUGAAUAGAGAAGUCAUGUGGUCAGAACAAUUGAGGAAUAUUAUUACUCUGGCAGCAGUAUUUUUUAGAAUGGGCUGGAAUGGAGGACAUGAGAGGAUUCCUCCACUGAAUAGGAAAUGUAAAUAUGUGAGGCUAGAGGAUCUUUUACCGUCCUUUCUAAUGCCCUCCUGUGGACCUUCCAUGGUUCCAUGAUAUCUUCUUUGAAAUAUAAUGGCCAGAACUAAUAGUUUGCAUUUUGUGGGUUAUUGAGAGCAGAGUCACCUCCAGCUUUCUCUAGCUCUAAAGUCUUCAGGGAUGCCCGAACUCACUGGAUCAUUUUAGGUCUUGGUCAUAGCACACCUGCAAUGCUCAGCUCCUUAUUACCACUGCAUAAUUUUGCACUAAAGAGAGGUUUUUAAAUCGAGAACAUGAGCACAUAGACUGUAGGGAAAUAUGUAGCUCAAAUAAACACAUCAUUCUAUCAAACUGACUUAUAUAUAAUGAAAAUAGAAACCCUGACAAUAAUCAAAUGCUACAACAUGCAUGGUACUAAUAGAUCAGUACAUCCAAUAGGACUUGCCUAAACAUGAGGCCACAUGAACUUUCCAUCUCCUAAGAGAGAGAAUCAGACAGACCCAAAAAAAAAAAAAAAGAAGAAGAAACAAAUUUCUAAAAGAAUAGCCUUCCUAUCUACAUUUCCCCACAGCAAAGUUGGUAGCACUCUCAGGCUACUCUAUUGUUCUCUCUUUGGCUAAAUAGCCAGUUAAAGUCAUUCCUAGUACUUCUGGUCAAACACUUCCAGUCCUGGACCUUCCUAUAGUCACCAAAUGCUAUACUUCAAUUCUGCCUCCUUUCAACUUCCUAUUGGUACCUCUGCCAGGAAGGAAUCCUUAUGAAUCCAAGGGUUUUGACCUCAUUAAGAAACUCUGUGGGAAACUAGGUGGUAAGUGGAUAGAGAACUCAUCUUCCCGAGUUCAAAUGUGUCCUCAGACUUUAACUGUAUGAUCUUAGGAAAGUCACUUAACCCUGUUAGCCUCUUUCCUCAUCUGUAAAAUGAAUUGGAGAGGAAAUGGCAAACCACUCCAAUAUCUUGCCAAGAAAACCCCAAAUAAGUCUUGGUUUCAGAUGUGGCCUCAGACACUUCCUAAUCAUGUGACCCUGGGCAACUCAUUUAAUCUCGAUUGCUUAGUCCUUAUCACUCUUCUGCUUUGAAACCAAUACUGAGUAUUGAUUCCAAGACAGAAGGUAAGCAUUUAAAAGAGAGAGAGAGAGAG